UGUAUUCUGCAUAUAGAUGGUAGGCCAUUAUGUUAAGUUGUACUGGUGAACCACAGUUUAAAAGGAUUUGUAUUUUCCUGCUUCCCAUCAUAUCUAUAUGGGUGGGCAUUGCUUUGUACAGUAAAGGAUUCUUAUUAACAAGACAUGAACUUGGAACGUUCAAUUCUUGCGAGAACGGCACAAAAUGUUGGGAAAAGCACGAACUACCAUACAACAAAGUUAUCUUAGUGAUAAUUGAUGCAUUAAGGUUCGACUUUGCAAAGUAUGGCGAGGGUGUUGACGUCCCGUAUCGGAAUAAACUGAAAGUGUUUCGAGAUCUGGCUCGCAAUGAAGGAUGUGGGAAGGCAAGGCUGUUCAGGUUCCACGCAGACGCUCCCACCACCACUAUGCAACGCAUCAAGGGGAUGUUCACUGGAGGUUUCCCCACAUUUAUCGACAUCAGUAAUAACUUUGCAUCCUCUCAUAUAACGGAGGAUAAUAUACUUGAUCAAGUUGGUGGGAGGAUUGUAUUUAUGGGAGAUGAUACCUGGAUGACACUGUUCCCUGGAAGGUUCGAACGUUCAUAUCCGUUCCCCUCCUUUGACGUGAAGGAUCUUCACACGGUAGAUAACGGGAUAUUGAAGCAUUUAUUCAACGAGAUCAAAACUAAGGAUUGGAAUUUAAUCAUUGCUCAUUUCUUGGGGGUUGACCACUGUGGGCAUAGAUACGGCCCCCUUCACCCCGAGAUGGGGUCGAAACUCGAACAAAUGGAUGAAAUGUUGAGGUUGGUGGUUGAGAGGAUGGAUGAUGAGACCUUGCUGUUGGUGAUGGGAGAUCAUGGCAUGACGCAAACAGGGGACCAUGGAGGCGACAGUGUCGAUGAAACGACAUCAGCGUUGUUCGCAUAUUCCCCACUAGGUGGCUUUGAUGGUAACCUUGGUAACGACUUGUGUUUGGGGGGUGUUGUACAACAGGUUGAUCUUGUGCCAACAUUAUCUUAUAUCUUCAACACUUCAAUUCCUUCAUCCAAUCUUGGAACUAUAGUUAUGGAUUUAUUUGAUCCAAACACAACCAACCACCAAGAUAUGUUACAUGUUAAUCUUGAUCAAGCAGAAACUUAUUUAACGAAUUACAACCAACAAUUCAACAUUUUUAACACAGAAGAUUUUUUAACGCUAAAAAAUUUAUUGCAAAACGCAAAAAGUGGUCAAAAUCCAAAACACAUGAUAUCUGCACUAGAGAGAGCUAGAGAGCUAUGCAAAUUAGUUUGGGCUUGUUUCAAUGUUCCUUAUAUGGUGGUAGGAUUGCUCUUCGUUGCCACCCAGUGCUUGUGGUGUGUGGCAUAUACAUAUUUUACGAAACGAACACAAAAAUUAUCGGUUUUUCUAACUGCCCUUACCACUGUGAUUUCAAUGGUUUCUAUUUUCCAUCAAAAAUUCAUAACUUUUUCUCUAUUUUCCACAAUUUGUCUUUUUAUUUUAACUGUUACAAACAUUUUACAUAAUUUCAAAACCUUCAAAAAAUUUACCCGAAAUUUAUUUUUGCAAUUUAUUUUAGUAACCCUUGUAUAUUUAACCCACCAGGCCUUAUAUGCUUCCAACAGCUUUGUAAUCAAUGAAGACAAAAUCCAACAAUAUUUUUUCACUUCUGUCAUUUUUUUCCUUUUCAUGAAAGACCUUACAAAAAUGACACCCCCCAAAACCACCAAAAACAUUAAAUUCACAAAACUUUUAACCCACCAUCUUCUACUACCAUGCAUUUUGUACUUAAUGCUUCUUAUUAUUAUUCGAGUGUCGUCAGUUUUCCAAAUAUGUCGUCCUGAACAACACUGGUGUUACAAAUUUUCAACCCAAGAAUCAACAUCAGGAUUGGAAGAAAGUUUUAAAGUUGGGCAAACUCAAUUAAACAGCUCACUCGUUUCCCUAUUCUUUAUCAUUGGGUUGAUUUACUUCAUUUUAAAAUCGAGUGGCAACUUACGCAACAAACUUUCCCCUGCCGUUGUUGUAACCACCAAGCUCCUACCUUUUACCGCUGUGUUGAUCUUCCUGGAUUGGCAAAUUCAAGCUAUUGAUCAAAAGGUUUUGGAACAACUUCCGCCGUUCUAUUCAACUUUUCUACCUCGAUGUUCGUUGGUUAUUUUGCUCUUUAGCUCACUCUGGUGGAUUGUAAACCCCCUUGCUGUUCACCUCAUGCACCCUGGCAGAGGAGGGCAGUACAGAGAUGAGCUGACUGGGGAGGAUUUAAUCGCGAAAUAUUUUCAAAAACUGCGAGAUGACAACGAUGUUUUAGAGAGAGGUAGAAAAGGUUUGCCUGCAGUGUUUGGUUUGUAUCGUGUCUUAUCAUCAGCUUUGCUUGGGUUUAAUGGGAUCCUUAUGUUUGUGUUGUUGAUGUUACUUGGACCAACUCACUCGCAUUCAAUGCUGUUGUUAUGUACGUGUACGUGGAUGCUGUUGGAGGUUACAACUGACAACAGGAAGAGCCACACUGUACCAUGGGGAGUUGUAGCAAUAUGGACGAUGUCAUCAUCAGUGUGGUGGUUUGGCACCGGUCACCAAGCAUCGGUUACAACUCUUCCAUGGCAUGCUGCGUUUGUUGCAGUGAAGGGGAAUCACCCAACGGUAGUUCUACCAGCUGUGAUGGUUGGGGCAAAUGUUUUUGCUUCUCAGGUUUUGCAUACAGUUUUGCUUCCGUUAUUAUUAUUGUGGCCGAUCACACGAAGGCGACAAAGAGACAAUAGUGUUUGUGACAAUGAAUUUGACUUUAUGACAUUACAAUGUUUCUGGAAUUCAAUUCAUGAUUUGUUUAUGAAACACACAAUGCUGCAUUGUAUGAAGAUGUUUUGUUGUAUGGUGGCUUCCUUUAUAUUGAGAAGACACUUGAUGGUGUGGCAGAUCUUCGCUCCGAGAUAUUUAUUUGAACUCCUGUCUUUCUUUGUUGUUUGUUUGACCUCGGUUUUUAUUUAUUUCUUCAUUAUUCGGGUUGUGUGUUGCGUGGAAAGAUGGGUGGAAAAAACGAAUAAAAUUCUCAGGAAUUAAAAUUA